AUGCAGACAAAUAAAUCACGAACAAUCAGUUUAUUGACAUUAUUAAUCAUAUUACUUUUGAUAAUCAAUUAUUGGGAAUUGAUACAAGCGCGAAAAUCAAAAUCAUCAACAAAAACAAUAGUUAAACAUAAUACUAUACACAAAACAACUAUAAACAAACACUCUAAUAAACAACCUACAAUAAUAUCUCAACAGAAUCAAAGAAAACCACAACGUAAACAAUAUAAUUACACAUAUAAACCUCUACAAAAUAUACAACCAUUCAAUGCUAUUAAAAGGCAAUUAAGAACAAAUAUGAUUAGAGAUGAAUCUCAAUCAAUUGAUACACAUCCUAGUUUUUAUAAACCAUAUGAAGCAUUAAAUAAUUAUCAACAAUAUAAUAAUGACUUAAAUGAAGAAGUACCCAUUGAUGAACAAGUUGGAUAUAUAUUACAACUUGAAAAUUAA